AUGAAUAUUUCUUGUUCUCCACCAGGUGGUCGCUAUGUCUGGAAUACCUCGGAGGGACAUCUUACUUUAUCUUCAGAUUGUAAUGCAAAGGAUUACCACAUCGUACAAUAUUCUCCAGACGUAAAUCCCAUUACUAGUAUUCCGGAUCCAUCUAGUUCUAAGGGAUCUUUCAGCCACGACAGAAAUCACGCAGUGCAGCGUUCAUUGUCAUGUUCGGUGUGUGGGAAAACUUUUGCUGAAAACAAAGACCUUCUUAUACACAAGAGAAGUCACACAGCUGAACGUCCCUAUUCAUGCUCAGAGUGUGGAAAGUGUUUCACGGAAAAAAAAAUACUGCUGAAACACCUGAGAGGUCACACUGGUGAGCGUCCUUUCUCGUGUUCACAGUGUGGGAAAUGUUUUAUUCACAAGGGAGAUCUGCUUAGACACGAGAGAAUUCACAUGGGUGAACGUCCUUUUUCAUGUCCAGAGUGUGGAAAAAGUUUUAUCCACAAAGGUGACCUUCGUAGACAUCAAAGAAUUCACACAGGCGAGCGCCCUUUUUCAUGUUCAGAAUGUGGCAAAAGUUUCAUGCACAAAGGAGACCUUCUUAAACACCAGAGAAUUCACACAGGUGAACGUCCUUUUUCCUGCUCAGAGUGUGGGAAAAGUUUCACUGAGAAAGGCACACUUGUUACCCACCAGAGAAUUCACACGCGUGAGUAUCCUUUCUCUUGUUCAGAGUGUGGGAAGUGUUUUGCUGUUAGAGGAAAACUUGUUAUACACAAGAGAAGUCACACAGGUGAGCGUCCGUUUUCUUGUUCUGAGUGUGGAAAAUGUUAUUCCGGCAAAGGAAAACUUAUUGCUCACCAAAGAAGUCACACAGGCGACAGCCCUUUCAAAUGUUCAGAAUGUGGAAAACGUUUCAACCAGAAGGCAGACCUUCUUAAACACCACAGAAUUCACACAGGCGAGCGGCCUUUCUCAUGUUCAGUGUGCGGAAAGUGUUUUGUUCAGAAAGGAAACCUUCUGAAACACCAGAAGACCCAUGCGGCGCAGCACCGAGAGCCACAAACACAAGAUGCCAAAUGA